GUAAGGAGAGACGCUAUAACCCCGGAAGCACCUGCCAAGACCGAGGCAAAUGUUGGAUCCGAGCAAGCUGAGGCCGCUGCGCCUGAAGCGAGUGCGGAAGCCAAGGCCGCUGCGCCUGGGAACGCUGAAGCGGAGCCGCGCGCAAGCUUAAGGCUCACAAAAAUGAAGGUAUUGAGAAGGAGAUGGGGCUGGGGGCUUCGGGUUCUACUAGAAUUUUAAUAUUUGAGCUGAUCUCUAAAAGCAUUUUUGUCCAAAGAGCCUAGUGCGCUGGGUUUAAAAAGUCCUUCAUUCUGCAACAAGGAAGGCAAGCUGAGCUCUAAUCAAGGCAGUGCCGGAAAGUGGAAGUCUAAGUGGUGAGAAUCCCGAAGUCGAGGAUGCCACAGCCAAGGCCGCUACGCCCGCGUCGAGCGCUGCCACAGUCACUGUUGCUACGGGUGCGCAAGUAGGUGCUCCCGAAACUCCGGAUACUACCGCGGCCGAGACCUCUAGGGUAGCCGCGGCCGCUGCUGGCGAAGGCUCCACGGCUGCAGAAAACGCCGCUGCUGAAAAAGAAGAGGCCGAAGAAGCCGCUUCUGCCGAGGCCCAAGCCUCCACGGCUGCAGAAAAUUCCGCUCCUGAAGAAGCCGCUUCUGACGAAGCCCAAACCUCCACGACUGCAGAAAACGCCGCUGCUGAAAAAGAAGAGGUUGAAAAAGCCGCUCCUGAAGAAGCCGCUUCUGUCGAAGCCCAAGACUCCACGGCUGAAGAAAAUGCCGAUAAUGCGGAGGCACUCGCGCAACAGGAAGAGGCAGCCGCACCUGCUGAAGCUGGAAGUGGAGACGCUAUACCCCCGGGAGCACUUGCCAACACCGAGGCAAAUGUUGUGACUGAGCAGAGACCUACUGAAGACUCCACGGCCGAAGGAAAUGCCGCUGCUGGCGAAGGCUCCACGGAAAGUGGGGGCGCCGCCACUGAGGAAGCACGAACUGAAAGCGAGGAGGGUGCGUCCUCGGGUGCUGGCGGGGGUGUCGGCGUCCUCUGUUGUCUCUGUGCCAUUCUCUUUGGCUGCUGUUGUUGUAUUUUUUGCCUGUGCUGUCGUGGCCGGUCUCCUGCUGAGCCGGACAGGAACGCGCAACAAAGUGAGGAUUCCUUAAGAGUAAUAUCCACCAAUGCAUGAUAUAGAAUUCGUCUUGAAAGAAACGGGAACGACCCUCGAUUUAAUACUAUUAGACGUACUUAGUAAAAGUCAUGGUGUAGUAACUAAUGGCAGCUCUAAUUACCAACGUGGUCAAAGCCGGUGCCGGCGCGCCUGCUCCACCGGUCAAGGCCAAUGCCGGUGCCCCGAAUAUAGGAGAAGAUACUCAUAUAGGGAGCAACGCUGCCGCCACUGGCGCAACCACGGCAAACAUGUUAAGGAGCACGGCAGUCUCCCACUGUCCCUAGUCUUUUGACUUCGUUGACUGGAUUCCCCCCUGUCUAUACUGAGUAGUUAUGUCGAAGUUACUACCACAAUCCAUGCAAAACCGAGACAAAAAGUCAUAUGAUUUAUUGAUGAAGCGCGUAUAUUGAUCUGUUAAACAAUCAUAUAUGUAGAUCUCAUUAUAUCAGUGGCCGAGAAACAAGGGACACGGAAUCCACUCAGCAACAAGCAAGAUUGACUCGCGACCACCUCUAACCACGCGAUCAUAUUCCGUAGAGAGUGACGUGCCAAGUGUUGACGCAACACGAUACAGCGCCUCGGCGGAGCCUCCUCCCAUCACCUCGGCAGAACCUCCUCCCGACAUCUCGGCAGAACCACCUCCUCGCGACAUCUCGCCAGAGCCAAAGUUAAGUUCUGGCUUCGCAUCAGGUAAGUUCUGGCUUCUUAGUCGUUCUUACGUCUGAGAAACGGCAUCUUUUCCUAUUGCAACAUCGCUGGAGAAUAUAACGCUAGUACCAAGUACUGGAAUCCUCCAUACUAGAAACGAGAUGUUGCAGGAAGUUAUUUAUAAAGAUGAGAGAUAGAGGACAGGUGCAGGUCUAACGAGGAAAAAGACAAGUACGAAAAAAAAGGCGGCCUCGCGCGCGACGAAAGCAGCCCCGAAAAGGGCGACGAUUUCGAAAAACAACGACGGCGCCGAGGUCGGUAUGGUUCCCUCUACUACGCCGGCGAAGGUGACUGGUUCGCCGGACGAGUUCGGUACUGUUCCCUCUAUUACGCCGGAGAAGAUGGAAGCAACGUCGGACGACUUCGGUACUGUUCCCUCUAUUACGCCGGAGAAGAUGGAAGCAACGCCGGGGAAGGCGGAGUUAUGGCUUAUCACUCCUCUAAAUUGUGAAUAUAUUCUAAUUUUUAUACAAUAAUUACCUUGCGAAUGAAUGAGCAAUUGGAUCUUGAUCUAACUUUGAUUUUUCUAAGUAAUCAUCAAUCUCUCUAGUAAGUAUUGAGUUUCUUUUUUUUCGAUUUUUUUUCGUUGUAGAGUUCGUUGACGUUGCUGAUCACUCUUACAAGGCUUCGUUCCACUUUCAGUACAACUGGCUACUUCAAUCACUCAGCAGUGCAUCAAAUGAGAUGUCCUCGGACUUUCAAAUGAGACUAAAGAGAUCAACAAGAGAGCUGCUGCGGCUGACUAGAUCUAGAAAGAUGUCGUUUCCCGAAGGACGACAGCCGUAAUUUUUUUCAAGAUGGAUUUGGGUAAGUAUAGUGUCUAAUUCUCGCGGCGGAAGCACGUUCCACCUCUAGGAAGGGCCCACUGACUAAGAAACGUGCAAAAGCAAAAGCAAAAAGCAGUACGAAAAAGGGGAAAGAAGGGGAGCAAGCCGAUUUCGAAGGUCAAGAGCCUCAAAUCGAUAGCGCUUUUGACGAGGAAGAAGAGGAAGACUAAGGCUUUUGUUAUCUGGCCAAUAAGAAUAAGAGAUACAACAUACAAGAGAUACAUUCAAGAACUCUAAGAGGAAAUACAAGAGAUCUCAUAGAGGAGAUGGAAAACUAUCUCUCCAGUAGGUCCAAUCCGAACCGACUGCCAUCAUCAUCAAGAAGAAGAGGAAAUAUUGAGUCGUUUGGCCUUUCUGAAGAAGAGGAAAAAAUACUUCUUCGGUGGCUCUGGCUGUUGUCUGGCAAUAAUAUCAAGUACACCAUGUAAGAACUAGAGUCUUAGUGGUUUACGACCUAACAAUUUGAUGUGUAGUUAUCUACCAACAUUAUAAUUAUUGUUAUUACAGCAGAUCCUAUAUAGAUGGUUGUAUAUAUGUUUACUUGGACAAUACAAGUCCGAGGUUCGUUCUCUGCUUUUAGACCUUCACAGCAGUCACGAAUGCUCACCAGGAGGUACUACGAUAUUGGAUGGCUUCAGAAGUAGACGGAAGUGGCUACAUAAGAGGUGCCAUGACAUGACAUGUCCUCUACUUUUCUCUCGGGACUAGAACCUACCAAUACGACACCAGUAGGUCAUCAAAGAUGCUUAGACGUUGAAAACGAGAUCUUUUAGGUGCUGUAUACUUAAGAAAUUUUCAAAUAGUAAGGGCUCUAAGAAGCGGACGAAGACGAAGAGGGCUUCUCUUCAGAGGACGGAGACGAAGAUGGUAAGGAAAAGACUCAAGCAGAUCUUGGACAAGAACAACACCACGCUAAAGAACAACACGACCACACUAGUUAAGGGUUAUCAACACCUUGCAUUCUUUCCUACCAUCGAGUCUAAUCAGCAAAAUUGUUGCACGCGCGUCUCUUGACUGGGUACUAUUAAAUCGUCAUCGUCGACCUGUUGGUCACGAGGAAAGAAGUCAGGGAUGUGUUGAAUAAUGCAAUGCUGCAAUAUGUCUAAAAAACUGGGGGACAGCAGAACAGCGGCGACAGCAGAACGGCGGCGCCUUCGCAGUCACGCAGUAGCAGAAAACCUGAAGAUCAAAGCAGAACUGGAUUCUUCUUGUACUAUCCUGAGAGUAAGGACGAGGACGACGGUUUGGAUGACGAGGAGGCGGACGCAGUGAUGGUGCGACACCGUGCAAACCGCAGUGGUGUAGACAGCGAGAAUAAGGACGAGCUACUUUCGUAGUUUGAGUUGUUUUCUGUGAGGAGAUAUUUUUGUGAUUUGUGUUGUGACCCUUCAUCUUACCUUUACGUCAUCCUUUUCGAGUUCCUUUUUCUUAGUUAGGGCUCCACAACAAUUGUACCAAUGUAUAAUGAUUAUACGAAUUCGUGGACCCAAACCCAAUAUCUUGACCUUACGAGCUAUGGCCUAAACAAGAGCCUUAGCGCGGGCCAUAGAGGAGCCCUCAAGUACUAACUCGACACGACUCAUUGAUUCGUGCGUCGUUUGAUACCGAUUAGUACUAAAAAACAAAUGUAUACUAACUUGUCACUGUCUUGCCGUCCUCCUUUUUGAAACAAUGAAUAAUGUUCGAGAUGACAGUUACUGAUAGAAGUUGCCAUACCAGAUUCGCUGUAGCGGUAAGUCGCAGUCUUUAUCGCUAGAGCUAGUUUCCUAUCUCCAAUUCGUCUUGUUCUGUGGCAGUACUAUUAUGUCUUUCAUCUCUUUUGUUUUUUCAUCUGGUGUUUCUGUGUCAAAUUAUGUGAUUCCGCUGGACAGAAUGGCGCUGAAGCUGAGACAAGGAAAAACAAAAAGCGGCAAUGUACUGGCUCUUCCUAUGGACACUGAGAGAGUACUAUACAGCCCUCUCCUAUGAUCCUGAGAUCCUGACUAAAUUGAGAAAGGGAGCACUUCUUCUGUAGGGCGGACAUGGAGUAAUCCGCACCUAUAAUAUUCAUUUUAUUUGAAGGUGGUUGGAAAAGCAACCAGAUUUAAAUUUUCUGGGAAUGGAAGUGUUAGAGGUACACUGCAACGUGCAUUAUCCACCCUACACCUGUUCUUGAUUGAACUGGGUAGCUUCUCAGGCUUCUCGCAGGGGUGGAUGUACAAUAGUAUGCGAGAAUUGUAGACCCAGGUGGCAGCAUAUAGUCCUAACUCAAAGAAAUGAAAGAAAAAAGAAGAUAUUAAGUACAUUAACACGCAUGGAUCUAUUUAACUUAGUGGCUCCGAUUUUCGCACCGUGAGUUCACCCGUGCACCACGCACGUGAUCGCUAACCUUAGCAGAGGCCUGGCCACCGAUCCCGGGGGACGUCAGAUAGUGUCCAGC